GUCGUGAUUGGUAGCGGGUUUGGAGGGGAUACUUCGGUCUGUUCGUGUGGCGAUCUUGUGGAGAUGACCUAUUUUAUUGAUCGUCCGUGCUGGACCUCGUACGGCACCCUCCGUUCUCAUCGCUGGAUCACCGACGAAUGCCGCCGAUUUCCGAGACCGGGGAUCCCUCGAGAACGGACAUCUCCGAUCUGGUAUCCGCCCCCCAGAUCUCUUUGAGGCCAUUCCUCGAACAGGUGGUAGACGUAAGUCGUAACCCUCCUCCCUCCUCCCUUCGGCGAUCGCUUCUCUUCCUGGGUAGGUCCGGCGUCCAAGAAGAGGCUGGAGAUACCGCGGAGGAAAACGGUAAAGAGACGGAGUUGCGAGCAAGAAAGAAAAGCUGUUCACAGUGGGCAAGAAAAAUGGCGCCUUGCUGGAUCUCCUGCAGGCGAUUCAUUCAAGAGGUCGGGCUUUCACCUCCCCUGCACAAGAGGUACGCAAACAAAAAGGCCUGCUCUCUUUCCAAUAAUCACAAAAAGUAGAACCAGGGGUGACGAAUCAACACUGUUUAUGAUCAUCUCUUGGUAAGUAACUUCUUUCUUCCACCUACAUAUAUUUGUAGUAGGAAUAAAAACCCCACAGAAAUAUAAGAGCAGGGCUUCAGUCUCUCACACCCAAGAAACACA